AUGUCUCAAUAUCAAUGCACCUAUGCUACCGCCCCGGCGCCGAGGCAAUACUCGCACGGGACGAGCAGUGCCUUCUCCGGGUCUGCCAAGCCCGACGAGGAUUGGACCACGAUCUCAGAUCCUGCUGAGCGUCGAAGAAUACAGAACAGGAUUGCUCAGCGCAACUACC